CUAAGGACCCAGUCUCUGGAUUGGUACUAUAAUAAUGUUAAAAGCCGCUUUAAGUGUUUUGGAAGUGCCAAAGUCCUGAAGAACUUAUACAAGAAGCAUAGACUGGAGAGCGGAGGUUGCCCUGAUGUAAUAGAAGGAGGGUUUUUUGAAGGCAGCUUUGAAAAUGAAGGAAGCAUUUGUGGCAGUGACUCUACGUUCUACCGACAGACAGAAGGACACAGCAUGAUGGAUACCCUUGCUGUGGCCUUACGUGUUGCAGAGGAAGCAGUGGAAGAAGCUAUUUCUAAGGCAGAGACCUACAGUGACAGCCUGGACAAGCAGAAUGAGGCUUGUUACUUACAGGAACACAAGGAGGACCUCAUAGAAGAGCUGGCCACAACCAUCGUGCAGAAGAUUAUAAAGAAGCAGAAAAGCAAAGCUGAGCAGGCGGAAGCUAACUUCGAAUGGCCACCAUCCAGGAGCAGUGGCCUGGCGUCGGUUGCUGUCUCAGAUCAGAGCAUGCUGACUUUUCCAGGGAGCCGCAGGGGGUCCUACACAUUAUGGAGGUCUCAGUCUGCAUUCUCCCUGGCUAGUGAAGAUUUGCCCAGUAAAGGACUCGACCCUGCAUCAUCUGUGACUGAGGCUCUUUGGAGGCAGCAAAAAGGACAAUUGAGGAAGCAGAAGGAGCGCAAGCUCUCUGCAUUACCCAGCUGGAAGAGUGUGGACAGGCUAAAUGAAACAAAUCUACCUUCUGUGUUCCAAAGCCCUGAUGGGAACUGGGUGGCUUUGCAGAAUGUUACGUUGCCUCGUCCUCGGAUGCUCGCCAAACCAAAAAGUCAAGUAUUUGAAGCUUUGGAGAAUGAAUCCAGCAUUGUGUCUGCCUAUGACGAGAUGGGCUCAGACAGUGAGGAUGACUACGACUGGAAUGUGGCCUUGAACAAGCUGCGUCGGAGACCUCGACAGUUACCAGGCGAUUUCUAUUACACCAGUUCCCAGUAUGGCACUGACUGGGUUUAUGGCAGUGAUCAGUACCAGGCAGUGACCUCCCCUUCCUCUGGGUUAUACACCAAUACUGAGACACUGUUCUCCGAUUCGGAAACAUCUUCACUCAACUCUUCCCAGGAAGCUAAAGGACCUGGAAAACUUCUCUGGUUACAAAGCAGAACUCAAAGUGACGUGCCCAGAACGGAAAGGAAACAUUUCCACGGGGAACUGGAUGUGAAUUUCAAUCCACAGGCAACAAGCCUGGAGUACUCAGACAGCAGUGAGACUGAAGAGGUCCAUUAUGAUUUAGAAAAGAGAUCGAGAAGGUGGAGAAAGAACAAAGAGAUCUCUGAAGAGUUCUCUCAAAGCAAGGAGUUAAGUGCUGUCUUCUCCCCCUCAGCACACAAGCCAAGCAGCAGUAGCAGAAACCAUGAAGAUUUUGAUGAUUUAUCAGAAGCAGAUAUAAGCAGUGAAGAUCAGCAUCAUAAUAUCAAGCCUGACCUUAUGGAGGAGGAACUUAAAUCCAGGUUAUUUCAGCUUGCUGCUAAAAUGAGUGACAAAGAAACAUCUUCUGGUGAAGAACAAGAGUCAGAACCUAGAACAGACCCUGAAAACCAGAAGGAGAGUUCAUCCUCAGAGGAAAAUGGUGGCAGAAGUAUUCAGGAAGAGUUACAGAAGAAGUACUCUGCUGUCUCUCUCUGCAACAUAUCCACAGAAGUCCUGAAAGUCAUCAAUGCCACUGAAGAACUGAUAGCAGAAUCCAGUGGUCCCUGCGAUUUCCCAGACGACAUUCAGGACAGGGGAAAAGGGACCUUCCCACUGGGGACAGACCCUAUCAGGCUUGAUGAGCAGCUCACCACACUGGAAGAAAACGUAUACCUGACAGCCAGCACGGUGUACGGGCUGGAGGGGCAGCUGACCAGCCUGGAAGAUGCUGCACGCAAGAUCAGCAGUGUCACUGCAGAGUCUGAGCUGGCCCAUCUGGAAGACCAAGUGGCCACAGCAGCUGCCCAGGUUCAUCACGCAGAGCUUCAGAUUACAGAUAUUGAGAGCAGAAUAUCAGCUCUCACAGUUGCAGGCUUGAACGUGGCUCCAUGUGUUCGCCUGACAAGGAAACGGGAUCAAAAGCAAACAAACCAGAUGCACACAAUAGACACAUCAAGACAGCAGAGGAGAAAACUUCCAGCUCCACCAAUAAAAGGUGAAAAAAUAGAUGGUUCUCCAGUUACCACUGUCAGGACGUUCAACAGAAACUUCAUGCUUCAAGGAUCUCUAACACAAAGAAGUAAAGAGAGGAAAAGCACUGCCAAGGACUUAAUGGAACCUGCUAUAGGAUCUGCUGUGAUGUACUAA